AUGGACGGAUCAGGGUUACGCAGGGGCGCGCUGCCCGGCCACCUCUACAAUGAGCGCACCUUCGACGAGCAGGGCGCCGUGACGGACGACGAUGAUGACAAGAUGUCGAUGUCACGUCCGUUCCUCGGACCGACGGCGCCUGCUAACCGCGGCGCGGCGCCGUACGGUCUCGCCACGCUGAUCAGCUCAAGUGGCAUGGAGGCGCCUUCUCCUGAGCACGACAGCGGCAGCCCAGCGAGCUUAGCAAGCAACAUCGGCACCACUCUGGCGAGCAAGUGGCACCUGUUCAGGAGCACGAUAUCCGGGACCAUCCCGUCAGACACGCCGAAGAGCGACAUGGCGACCCACUACGCAUCAGACCAAUCGUCUUCCAGUCUCUUCGGGCAAGCGGGCGGCCUUGUGAGCUUCAGGUCACCAUCGUCGCUGUUCAGCAGCACGUUGUCAUGGUUGUGGCGGUCGUCUAUGACGGUGCUGUCUGUGGGCCAGUGGCUGCUGCUGCAGGUGCUCGGUAUCGCAGUGGGCGUGAUUCUGACAGGGCUGAUAAUCUCCGCCAUCAGCGGGCUGCUGAUGGGCGGCGAUGGCGAGUUCGGUCACGUGACCCCGAAGGAGAGGCAGGAGCCGAAAAACACGAAGGCUCCGCCCCCGCCGCCGCCUCCAUCGAGGCCGCCUGUGAUGCUGGAGCGCGUGUACUUCAAGGACAUCCUGGGCAUCGACGAGGCUAAGGAAGAGCUCACUGAAGUCGUGAAGUUCAUCAAGCACCCUAAGCUGUACCAGGACAUCGGAGCCAAGAUUCCUAAAGGAGUGCUGCUCGUGGGCCCGCCUGGCACCGGUAAGACCAUGCUGGCCAAGGCCGUGGCCACCGAGGCGAACAUCCCGUUCAUCUACACGAGCGGUCCUGAAUUCGUGGAGAUCUUCGUCGGCCAGGGCGCGCAGCGUGUCCGCAACCUGUUCGCGAAGGCGCGCAAACAGGCCCCCUGCAUAGUUUUCGUGGACGAGAUCGACGCCAUUGGGGCUAAGCGCACGUCCGGCGCCAUGAGCGGCCAGAACCGCGAGCACGACCAGACUCUGAACCAGCUGCUUGUCGAGAUGGACGGGUUCAACAUCUCUACCGGCAUCACGGUCCUCGCUGCCACCAACCGCCUUGAGGCCCUCGACCGCGCUCUGUUGCGCCCCGGCAGGUUCGACCGCGUGGUUCACAUCCCGCUGCCGUCGCUGGAUGGGCGCGAGGCCAUCCUCCGCCGCUACCUAUCCGAUGUCAAGUACGACAAGGAGGGUGUGGACAUCCGCGCUUUGGCGAAGCUCACCCCCGGCUACUCCGGCGCCGACCUGAAGAACCUCGUGAACGAGGCUGCGCUGAUUUGCGUCAGGAACGGCCGCACUCUCGUGGGCACCGAGGACCUCCAAGAAGCGCGCGACAAGGUUGGCAUGGGCGCCAAGCGGCGAACUAGCCAGCCGGAGCUGCAGCGCCGCAUGACCGCGUACCACGAGGCCGGUCACGCGCUCGUGGCCUACCACCUGUACCCGAAUACCGACCCGAUCCACAAGGCCACCAUCAUCCAUCGAGGGUCCGCGCUGGGCUUCGUGGAGCAGCUGCCGGAAGGCGAGCGCCACAGCUACAAGCUUGCGCAGAUGAAGGCCCGGUUGGCGGUGUGCAUGGGUGGCCGCAUCGCCGAGGAGCUGGUCUUCGGCCGUCAGAAUGUGACGUCAGGGGCAUCUAGCGACAUCACUGCGGCGUCUGAGCUGGCGUACCGCAUGGUCACCGAGUGGGGCAUGAGCCCUCGUCUCGGCCCUGUGAACCUCAGGCGCAUCGGUGGCAUUCAGACCCCCCACGGAACCCGCAAGCUGUCACACGACACGGCCCAGGUGGUGGAAAAGGAGGUGGAGCGUCUGGUGGAGGAAGCCCACCACGUGGCGUCGUCGAUCAUCAGGCGCCACCGUGAUCAGCUGGAGCGCAUAGCUGAGCGAUUGCUGGAGGAGGAGACGCUGACCGGCGAGCAGAUCGACAAGCUCAUACGCGGCAGCGGGACGUCCGCUGCUGCAUGA